UUAUUAAAAAGCGGGGAGCUCGGCGGGAGGAAAGCUGGCUUUUCCGGGGGCUGCGGGAGCGGGGCAGCGGGAGGGCGGAGGAGUUGGCGCGCCGCGCGCCCGGCCCGGGGAGCGGUUUUCUACCAAAAAAAGGAAAGGCGGGCAAAAAGUGUGAGGCGGCUGCGGGUGGCGGAGGGGAGCGGCGGCCGAGGGAUGGCGGGCAGUACGGGCGCCUAGCCGCGCCAGGAACCGCGGCGGUUGCCGGAGUCGCCGUCGGAGCCUGGAGCCCGGAGCCCCGCCGCGCCAGACACCGUGUACGCCUCCUUCCUCAUCUCCGCUCAGCCGCCCGGAGGGGACUCACCGCGGGCGCUUCAUACGCCCCGGGCCGCGGGCCCGUGGUUGAGUGCAAGCCCCGCUGGCCGCCGCCAUGCACGCCGCGGAGCGCCCGCCACCCGAGGACACUAGGACUACAUCGAGGCCGAACUUUUAAGUUCCACUGAAGCAGGCCGGUGGGCCGGGUGGGGAGGCUGACUGCGGCACUCCCGCGGAGGAUGGAUGGCCGAGAUUUCGGUCCCCAGCGGUCCGUCCACGGCCCCCCGCCGCCGCUGCUGUCCGGCCUGGCCAUGGACAGCCACCGCGUGGGCGCGGCCACCGCCGGACGCUUGCCCUCUUCGGGCUUGCCAGGUCCCCCGCCGCCUGGGAAAUACAUGGCCGGUCUCAACCUACACCCGCACCCGGGCGAGGCCUUCUUGGGCAGCUUUGUGUCCAGCGGGAUGGGGCCCUCGGCCUCGUCUCAGGGGAGCCCGGUAUCCUUGCCCUCUGACCUCUCCUUCCGCUCCCCCACCCCCAGCAACCUGCCCAUGGUGCAGCUGUGGGCUGCCCACGCCCAUGAAGGCUUCUCGCACCUGCCCAGUGGCCUGUACCCAUCCUACCUCCACCUGAACCACCUGGAGUCCCCCAGCAGCGGGAGCCCCCUCCUCAGCCAGCUGGGUCAGCCCAGCAUCUUCGAUACCCAGAAAGAUGGUUUCUACCUGCCCGCACCGGGGACCCUGCAUGCUCACACGCCCUCGUCCAGAACUCCCAGUGGCCACUCCUCAGGCGGUUCAGCCAAAAGCUCUUCCCGGGAAGGUACAGGGAAGGAUCGCUCAGGCCGUGGUGGAGACCCUCCUCCGUUGUUUGGCAAGAAAGACCCUCGGGCACGUGAGGAGGUGUCCGGGCCCCGAGGUGUGGUGGACUUGACCCAGGAAGCCCGAGCUGAGGGCCGCCAGGACCGAGGAUCCUCACGCCUGGCUGAACGCCUGUCUCCCUUUUUGGCAGAGGCCAAAGCCAAGGGUGCACUGCAGCCAUCGGCCUUGAGCUUGUGCAAUGGUGUGGUGGAUGCGGGGCUGGUGGCUGAGUUGGGCCGCGGAGGUGCCAAGGAGGUAGCCAGGCAGGAGGAGAAUGCUCGGCUGCUGCGGAGAGCUGAGGCCCUGCUGCCCGCUGCAAGGCCCUGUGGGUCCCCACUACCACCGCCACCACCACUGCCCCCCAAGGGUCCCCCUGCACCCCCUUCCUCGACACCAGCCGGUGUCUACACCGUGUUCCGUGAACCAGGCCGUGAGCACCGCGUGGUGGCACCCACCUUUGUGCCUUCUGUGGAGGCCUUUGAUGAGCGUGUGGGACCCAUCCAGAUAGCAUCCCAGGCUCGCGAUGUCCGGGCCAGGGAACGUGAGCCAGGCCGUCCUGGGGUCCUGCAAGGUCCACCUGGAUCUCCACGACUGGAGCGACCAGAGGUCCUGCGGGAGAAAAGUUCGGUCAUCCGCUCCCUCAAGCGUCCGCCUCCGUCGGAUGGACCUCCAGCAGCUCGCUCCUCCCGCUCCUCCCCGGAUGCCCGAGCCUACCUGCCCCCUAAGGAACUACUCAAGCCCGAGGCUGAUCCGAGGCCUUGCGAGCGCGCACCCCGAGGCCCAAGCACUUCUGCUGCCCAGCAGGCUGCUAAGCUCUUCGGCCUGGAACCGUCCCGACCACCUGGGCCGGAACACAAGUGGAAACCCUUUGAGCUGGGCAACUUCGCCACUACGCAAAUGGCUGUCCUGGCAGCCCAGCACCACCAUGCCAGCCGAGCCGAAGAGGAAGCAGCUGUUGCCACAGCAUCCAAAAAGGCCUACCUGGACCCCGGGGGCGCAAUGCCCCGUGCCUCGGCCACCUGCGGCAGGCCCGGUGCUGACCUCCACUCCGCAGCUCACGGUCCCGGAGAGGCCUCCGCUAUGCAGAGCCUCAUCAAAUACAGUGGCAGCUUUGCUCGGGAGGCGGUGGCAGUGCGCCCCGGUGGCUGCGGGAAGAAGAGCCCCUUUGGAGGCCUGGGUACUAUGAAACCUGAACCUACACCCACAUCUGCGGCUCCCCCUAGAGCCCAGGCCCGACUCUCACACCCCGGGGUCCCUACAGCCGGUGGGGGCCGGCAGCUGAAACGGGACCCGGAGAGACCUGAGAGUGCCAAGGCCUUUGGGCGAGAGAACUCUGGUGCCCAGGGGGAAGCCGAAGUAAGACACCCGCCCGUUGGCAUUGCCGUGGCUGUGGCCCGGCAGAAGGACAGUGGGAGCAAUAGCCGGCUGGGGCCUGGGCUGGUAGACCAGGAACGUUCUUUGUCACUGAACAAUGUCAAAGGGCAUAGCCGGACUGACGAUGACUGUGAUGGAGCCAGGCACCGGGAGGAUCGGCUGCUAGGGACACGGCUGGACCGGGACCAGGAGAAGUUGCUCCGAGAAAGUAAGGAGCUGGCUGAUUUGGCCCGUCUACACCCCACCAACUGUGCUCCCAACGGUCUGAACCCCAACCUCAUGGUGACUGGUGGCCCAACGCUGGCAGGCUCAGGACGCUGGUCUGCUGAUCCCGCAGCUCACUUGGCCACACACCCCUGGCUGCCUCGCUCGGGUAGCACAUCUAUGUGGCUUGCCGGACACCCUUACGGCCUGGGACCCCCCUCUCUGCACCAGGGCAUGGCCCCCGCGUUCCCACCUGGCUUAGGGGGGUCCUUGCCAUCAGCUUACCAGUUCGUCAGGGACCCCCAGUCUGGCCAGCUGGUGGUUAUCCCUAGUGAUCACCUGCCUCAUUUUGCUGAACUGAUGGAGCGGGCAGCAGUGCCUCCCCUCUGGCCGGCCCUGUACCCGCCAGGCCGCAGCCCCCUGCACCACGCCCAGCAGCUGCAGCUCUUUUCUCAGCAGCACUUUUUAAGACAGCAAGAGCUGCUCUACCUGCAACAGCAGGCAGCCCAGGCCCUGGAGCUGCAGCGGAGCGCACAGCUGGUGCAGGAGCGGCUGAAAGCACAAGAGCAUCGGACCGAGAUGGAGGAGAAGAUAAGUAAGAGGAGCCUGGAGACCACGGGCAAGGCCGGCCUGAGUGCUGCAGGCCCUGGGCUUCUGCCUCGCAAGUCUUCCGGCCUGGCUACCGGCCCGACAGGCACCCACGGCAAGGCCAUGAGCCCACCCCCCUCUCCCCGAGCCUCCCCUGUGACCUCUCUGAAGGCCAAGGUCAUCCAGAAGGUGGAGGAUGUGUCUAAGCCUCCAGCCUAUACCUACCCCGCCACACCUAGCUCGCACCCCAGCAGCCCACCGCCUGCCUCCCCACCUCCUACCCCUGGGCUCACCCGCAAAGAAGAGGCUCCUGAGAAUGUGGUGGAGAAGAAAGACCUGGAGUUGGAGAAGGAAGCGCCCAGCCCGUUCCAGGCCCUGUUCACAGAUAUCCCUCCCAGGUAUCCAUUCCAAGCCCUGCCCCCACACUACGGGCGACCCUACCCCUUCCUGCUGCAACCCACCGCGGCUGCUGAUGCCGAUGGCCUUGCCCCAGAUGUACCACUCCCGGCUGAUGGGCCCGAGCGCCUGGCACUGUCUCCUGAAGACAAGCCCAUCUGCCUGUCACCCUCUAAGAUCCCAGAGCCACCUCGGGACAGCCCAGAGGAGGAGCCGCUGGCCGACCGGGAGGUGAAGGCUGAAGUUGAGGAUAUCGAAGAGGGCUCCACAGAGCUGCCUCCCCUUGAGUCACCAUUGGCCCUGCCCGUCCCAGAGACCAUGGUGUCUGUGAGCCCUGCUGGUGGCUGCGGCGGUAGUCCUCUAGAGGCACAGGCAUUGAGCGCAGCAGGUCCAGGCUGCCGGGAGCCCUCUGAAGCGUCAGACUUUGCACAGGUUGUUGAACCACAGAUAGAACUACCGAGUAGGACAGAGCCCCGCAUGGCUGCCCUGGAGCUGGGGACACAGCUGACACCUGAGCCGCUGGUGGAGACUAAGGAAGAGCCAGUGGAAGUGCCCCUGGAUGUGCCAAUGGAGGAGCCCAUGGCAGAGGCAGGGCCUGAGGACAGUCUGCCUCAGCCAUCCUUGACUGAGCCUCAGCCCAGCCUUGAACACUCAGACUGUGAUUUGCCUGUCCCAGAGGGCCAGUGUCUCAACCUGGAGGCCCAGGAGGCUGCACCUGCUCCUGCCAGUACCUGCUAUCUAGAAGAGACCCACUCUGGAUCACUCCUGCCUGUCCUGGAUGACCCACUGGCUGGCAUGAAUGCACUGGCAGCUGCAGCAGAGCUGCCCCAGGCCAGGCCUCUGCCCUCCCUGGGUACUGGAGUCCCAGCGGGGGAGAAGCUGGAUGCAGCCCCCAGCGUAGUCCUGGAACACAGCUUCCUGCAGGGCAUCACCCUCCUGAGUGAGAUAGCUGAGCUGGAGCUGGACCGCAGGGGCCAGGAGGUUGCAGAUCCAGAGCCAAACCUAGUCGUGAGGCCCUCCCUGGAAAGCCUGCUGGCGGCCAGCAGCCACAUGUUGAAGGAGGUGCUGGAGAGCCCUUUCUCGGACCCACUCAAGAACUUGCGGCUUCCACGAGAACUGAGCUCCAACAAGAAGUAUAGCUGGAUGCAGAAGAAAGAGGAGCGGAUGUUCGCUAUGAAGUCUUCCUGGGAGGACAUGGAUGCGCUCGAGUUGGACUUCCGGAUGCGACUGGCAGAAGUCCAACGACGGUACAAAGAGAAACAGCGGGAGCUGGUCAAGCUCCAGAGACGCCGGGACUCGGGGGACAGGCACGAAGAUGCCCAUAGAAGCCUGGCACGCAGAGGCCCUGGCAGGCCGAGGAAACGGACCCACACCCCGAGCGCCCUGUCGCCCCCCUGCAAGAGAGGGAAGAGCCACUGCGGUAGCGGAAAGCUAAGCAGCAAGUCCUUGCUGACAUCAGAGGACUAUGAUCUGGGAGCAGGGAUAAGGAAGAGACACAAGGGGCCUGAGGAGGAGCAAGAGGCCCUCAUCGGCAUGGGGAAAGCCCGGGGCAAGAACCAGAGCUGGGACGAUCACGAAUCCUCGUCCGAUUUUAUGAGUCAGCUAAAGAUUAAGAAGAAAAAGAUGGCGAGUGACCAGGAGCAGUUGGCAAGCAAGCUAGACAGAGCCCUUUCCCUCACAAAGCAAGACAAGCUGAAGUCACCAUUCAAGUUUUCCGACAGCCCUGGGGGGAAACCGAAAACCGGUGGGGGCUGUGGCAGGUUCUUGACACAGUAUGACAGCCUGCUGGGCAAGGACAGGAAAGCGCUGGCCAAAGGACUCGGCUUGUCUCUGAAACCUCCCAGAGAAGGUAAACACAAAAGAGCUUCCAAAGCCAGGAAGAUGGAGGGGGGCUUCAAGGCCAGAGGCCAGCCCAAGUCUGUCCAUUCUCCAUUUGCCUCGGAAGUAAGCAGUCAGUCUUACAAUACGGACUCAGAUGAGGAUGAAGACUUCCUGAAGAAUGAGUGGUCUGCCCAGGGCCCCUCCAGCUCCAAACUGACCUCGUCCCUCCUGUGUGGCAUGGUGCCCAAGAACAGCAAGCCAGCCACAGGCCCUAAGCUGACCAAGAGGGGCCUGGCAGGCCCCCGGACUUUGAAACCCAAGGUGGCCACCAGCAGGAAGCAGUCGUUCUGUUUGCUGCUCCGAGAGGCCGAGGCCCGCUCCUCCUUCAGCGACUCUUCCGAGGAGGACUCCUUUGAUCAAGAUGACAGCUCAGAAGAGGAGGAGGAAGAGCUAGAGGAGGAGGAGGAGGAGGAGGAAGACGAGGACGAGGAAGGCGUUGGUAGCUAUAGGCUGGGUGCCGGGGAACAGGCCCUGUCGCCAAGCCUGGAGGAGAGUGGGCUGGGCCUGCUGGCUCGCUUUGCGGCCAGUGCUCUCCCCAGCCCUGUCGUUGGGCCACCCCUGUCUGUGGUGCAGCUGGAAGCUGAGCAGAAGGCCCGGAAGAAGGAAGAACGGCAGAGCUUGAUGGGCACAGAGUUCGAGUAUACAGACUCAGAGAGUGAAGUGAAGGUUCCCAAGCAGUCACCUGCUGGGCUGCUGCGGCCCAAGAAAGGGGUCGGGGAGCCAGGCCAGUCUCUGGCUGCACCUGUACCUGGCACCCGGGCCUCUGGUCCCACCAGCCCAGACAAGGCCAAGCUGGCCUCAGAGAAAGGACGCAAAGCCCGGAAGAUACGUGGCCCCAAGGAACCUGGCUUUGAGGCGGGACCAGAGGCCAGUGACGAUGACCUGUGGACACGACGCAGGAGUGAGCGAAUCUUCUUACACGAUGCCUCCGCCGCAGUCCAGGCACCCAGCAACACGGUGCCAGCAACCAAGCCUAGCCGCUGUGGCAGGGGUGGUGCCCCAAGUCCACGGAAGGACACCGGCCGAGCCAAGGACAGGAAGGACCCCAGGAAGAAGAAGAAAGGGAAAGAGGCUGGGUCAGCAGCCACGCUGCCACCACCCCGUGUUUCCACCCUGACUGACUCCAGGGCACCCCACCCAGGGGCCCUGGCAACUGCCAAACGUAGCAAGGCCAAGGCCAGAGGGAAGGAAGCAAAGAAGGAGAACCGAGGAAAAGGGGGAGCCGUGAGUAAGUUGAUGGAGUGCAUGGCGGCAGAGGAAGACUUUGAACCCAACCAGGAUUCAAGCUUCUCCGAGGACGAGCACUUACCCCGUGGUGGGGCCACAGAGAGACCUUUGACCCCAGCUCCCCGCUCCUGCAUCAUUGAUAAGGAGGAGCUGAAGGAUGGCCUGCGUGUGCUCAUCCCCAUGGACGACAAGCUGCUUUACGCGGGCCACGUGCAGACCGUGCAUUCACCCGACAUAUACCGUGUGGUGGUGGAAGGUGAGCGUGGGAACCGUCCCCACAUCUACUGCCUGGAGCAGCUACUGCAGGAGGCGAUUAUAGAUGUGAGGCCGGCCUCUACACGCUUCCUGCCCCAGGGGACCAGGAUCGCCGCCUACUGGAGCCAACAAUACCGCUGCCUGUAUCCAGGCACGGUGGUCCGAGGGCUGCUGGACCUGGAAGAUGACGGAGACUUGAUCACCGUGGAGUUUGAUGACGGAGACACAGGCAGGAUCCCUCUCUCACACAUCCGCCUCCUGCCGCCUGACUAUAAAAUCCAAUGUGCUGAGCCAUCCCCAGCACUCUUAGUGCCCAGUGCAAAACGUCGUAGCAGGAAGACCAGCAAAGACACAGGGGAAGUCAAAGAAGGGGCUGCCACGGGACCUCAGGAGGCUACAGGGGGCAAGCCUCGAGGGCGAGGACGGAAACCAAGCACCAAAGCCAAGGCUGACAGAGCUGUUGUCCUGGAGGAAGGGGCUGCCACCAAUGAGGUUCCCAGUGCUCCCUUGGCCCUGGACCCCGUCAGCACUCCAAUUUCUAAGAAGAGUACCCCAGAACCAGUGGACAAGCGGGCCAGAGCCCCCAAAGCACGCUCAGUCUCUGCACAGCCCAGCCCCGUACCACCCACCUUCUCUAGCUGCCCAGCUCCUGAAUCCUUUGGAGAGCUUCCAACCCCCGCUACAACCCCACUUGUCACCAUGCCUGUCACCAUGCCUGCCACUCGCCCCAAACCCAAGAAGGCUCGGGCCGCCGAGGGGUCAGGUGCCAAAGGUCCCCGGAGGCCAGGGGAAGAUGAUGAACUGCUUGUCAAACUGGACCACGAGGGGGUCAUGUCUCCCAAAAGCAAGAAGGCCAAAGAGGCCCUCCUUCUGCGGGAAGAUCCAGGGCCCGGGGGUUGGCCAGAGUCCACAGGGUUGCUCAGCCUGGGCAGCUACUCCCCAGCAGUUGGCAACAGUGAUCCCAAGGGCACCUGGCCCAAGGGUCUAGAUGGAGACCUUACUCAGGAGCCCGGGCCAGGGCUUUCUUUAGAAGAUCCUGGCAACUCCAAAAGCCCAGACAAAGCCCAGGCUGAACAAGAUGGGGCAGAGGAGUCAGAGACCACUUCCAGCAGCAGCAGCAGCAGCAGUAGCAGCAGCAGCAGCAGUAGCAGCAGCAGCAGCAGUAGCAGCAGUGGUUCGGAGACAGAAGGCGAGGAGGAUGCUGAGAAGAACAGGGAGGACAGCCGGGGUGCAGGGGGCCGGACCUGCAGUGCUGCUAGCUCCAGGGCCUCUUCUCCUGCCUCCUCCUCCUCUUCUUCCUCCUCUUCAUCCUCCUCUUCCUCCUCUUCCUCUUCUUCUUCCUCUUCCUCCUCCUCUUCCUCUUCCUCAUCUUCUUCCUCUUCUUCUUCCUCUUCUUCCUCUUCCUCCUCCUCUUCCUCUUCCACGACAGACGAGGACUCUUCUUGCAGCUCUGAUGACGAAGCAGCCCCUGCACCCGCAGCUGGUCCCUCCACACAGCCAGCACUCCCCACCAAGGUAUCCAAGCCACCUAGCAAGGCACGCUCCUCGGCUCACUCCCCAGGCAAGAAGGCACCCCCCACCACCCAGCCACCGCCCCAGCCCCCACCCCAGCCCCAGCAGACUCUUCAGCCCAAGACCCAGGCUGGGGCUGGGCCCAAGAGCCGACCCAAGAAGAGAGAAGGCGUACACCUGCCUACCACCAAGGAGCUGGCCAAGCGGCAGCGUCUGCCAUCUGUGGAGAACAGACCCAAGAUUGCUGCCUUCCUACCUGCCCGGCAGCUUUGGAAGUGGUUUGGCAAACCCACCCAGCGACGAGGCAUGAAGGGCAAGGCCCGCAAGCUGUUCUACAAGGCCAUCGUCAGAGGCAAGGAGAUGAUCCGAAUCGGCGACUGUGCGGUGUUCCUGUCAGCUGGCCGCCCCAACCUGCCCUAUAUUGGCCGGAUCCAGAGCAUGUGGGAAUCAUGGGGCAACAAUAUGGUUGUUCGUGUUAAGUGGUUCUACCAUCCAGAGGAGACCAGCCCGGGCAAGCAGUUCCAUGAGGGCCAGCACUGGGACCAGAAGUCGGGGCAUAGCCUCCCUGCAGCCCUGCGGGCCUCCAGCCAGAGGAAGGACUUCAUGGAGCGUGCCCUGUACCAGUCCUCCCAUGUGGAUGAGAACGAUGUUCAGACAGUGUCCCACAAGUGCCUGGUGGUGGGCCUGGAGCAGUAUGAACAGAUGCUAAAGACCAAGAAAUACCAGGACAGCGAGGGGCUCUACUACCUCGCAGGCACCUACGAGCCCACCACAGGCAUGAUCUUUUCCACAGACGGCGUGCCUGUGCUCUGCUGAGUGCCGCCCACCCAGCGGGGCCCACAGAGACUCCCCCUCCCCACCACUGCCAUGGCGUGGGACCACGUGUGUUGUGUGCAUGCCAGUGUGCUCGUGGGCGUGUGCAUGUGGCCAGGUGGGCGCCCCAGACAAGUGCGAGUGUGUACAUGUGUGUGCCCGUAUGCAUGCACGUGUGUGCGCACAUGUGCACACAUUUUCCAGACCCUUUCUGGUCAUCCCCUGGUGCCCUCAUGCUGAACUCCUCCCCCCCCCCUCAGCUAUCAGGGUCCGGCUCUGCUGUCCCCUCAGGGUCACCUCAGCGAGGAUUUCCCUCCAGCACUUUGUAUGCGCUUGAUGAGGCUGCACUCUGAGCUCUGGGCCUGUGUAGACUCUCUGAUUCUGUGGCUGGGGAGAGUUCCAAGGACCUAAACUGAUGUUUGGUAUAGAAUUCAGCCACACCCAGCACGGAGCCCAUCCAAGACCUCCUACCACGGGCCAGGGGUCCGGGAGGCCCAACGCCAGCCAGCUUCAAUCACACCCGGGCAUCCGGGCAUCCGCAUGCCCGGCCUCCACCCUCUCAGGACAGCCUGGACUUGGGGAACAAGGCAGGGGAAGGCAGCCCAGAAGCAUCACCAUACCCCGUGGGCUCCCCCAGCCCAGACCCUUACACUACAGAAAUCCCCAAUGGUGCUGAAAUCCGCGCCCACGCCCGGCACGGCCCGCCCGGCCCCUCCACCAGGAGGAUCCGAAAGGUUACCUGUACAGUUUACUGUAGCCUGCCCCUGUAUCAUACACCUUUAAAUGGAGUCAACUUUUUAAUUAUAUAUAUAAAGAUAAAUAUAUAUAAAUAUAUAUAUAUAAACUUUUUAAAACUGUGAAAAAUAGCUAUGAAAUUAUAAAAAAAAAAACACAUUCUGACGUGCAGAAUAUUAUUUUUUAUUUCCUGUUAGAUCGUGAAUGUCUAGCACCGGCUUUAUGCCUCCCCCCUCCCCUGUGCCCUCACCCUGCCCAUGUGUACUGUAUGUGCCCCCAAAUGGAUGAGAGAUGGAGAUAGACGGAGGGGACCCGAACCCGGCCCCCAGCUCAGCCCGAAGCACUUAACAGUCCCCCUGUGCCUGCCAGACCCCAGUGGGGUCCCCGGAGGCUUUGAGCAGACAAUCUUGAAGGAAGGAGAAGCCAGAUUUCGGUUUUGUUUUUUCUUUUCUUUUUGGGGUGGGGGGUAAUUACUGUUUCCUGAUUUUUUUUUAAAAAGUUUCUUUUGGAAUUUUGUUUGUUGGCAAAUUCUGUGUGAUCUUUUUUCAUAAAAAAAAAAAAAAAGGAAAGAAAAAGAAAAAAGAAAAAUUUAAUUGGAAAAAUA